AUGGGCAGAGGGGGUGAGACGCGCGAUAAGAGCGGCGGCCAAGUGCGACGUGUUCGCGUGCCGGCGUCCGCCCCGAAUGUGUGUCACGGCGGCGUGUCAAUGACUCGCGGGCAGCGGGCAGCGGGCAGCGAGCGCGCCGCCGAACGCGCGCGCGCUCCGUCCCCUGUGCACGACGACCCGACGUCUAGAUUUCAGAGAGUACGCGGCCGCACUGCAGCCGGCGCGGCGUGCGAGCGAAACGCGACUAGGCGGCCGGUUGGCACGUCGGGGAAUGAAAAGCAAAGCAGCCGUUUGCGCCCGACGAUGAUGGUCAGUCCUAACUCCGAAAGAUCCGAUAAGUUUACUUUGUUUGUGUUACAACCCUACCGCGGGUCCGAUAGUGCGCGUUCGGCGAUCGACAACCCUAGCGCAGGAAUGCCGGGCGUAUUCGGAACGGUUGGCAUCCCUACGCGGCGCGUGACGGACCAG